AUGGGGAUGAUGGGUUCACUUGGAGUUAAUCAACAACUUAGAGCAAAUGGUCCGCUUUCUUAUGGUCAACGUUUCACUAAUAGCCAAAUAAGGCAGCAGCAGAUUUCAAUGCAAAAUCCUCUCUCCUCUCCUCAGAAACUUUCUGGUCAAGGCUUACCAAGAGGUUCAUCAUUGGCAUCAAUGAAUGCCCAAUUUUCUGGGUUAACUCAAAACGGUCAGCCAACAUCAGUACAAAAUGCUCUUGCCCAACAGCCAUGGUUGAAGCAAAUGCAGCAAACUGUUUCUUCCCCAGUUUCUCCUUCACAACAUCUUCAACAGCAACAGAGGCAGCAGCAAGCUUUCUCACCACAACAAACCUCUUCAGCUCAGCUGCAGCUUCAAAAAUCUAUGGGUCUGAACCAACAGCAAAUCUCCCAACUGGUACAACAGCAGCAGCUAGGAUCUCCAAGACAGCACCAGACGCAGCAGCAACAAUUGAUUCAGCACCAGCAGCAACAAAUGCAACUACAACAGCUCCAGCUAUUUCAGCAGCUUCAGCAGCAGCAACAAUCUCCAAGGAUGCAAGGAUCUGGAUUUCAAAAAUCUAUAAGUUUGACUGGGUCACAGCCGGGUACUCCUGCAUCUGUUACAACAAAUACUGGUGGAAAUUCGAGCCAGGGAGCUGAAACCAGCAGUCAGCUUCUGGGAAAAAGAAAAAUACAGGAUCUGGUUUCACAGGUGGAUCCCCAUGCUAAGCUGGAUCCAGCAGUUGAAGACCUCCUUCUGGAGAUGGCUGAUGACUUCAUUGAGUCGGUUACCACAUUUGCCUGCAGCCUAGCCAAGCAUCGGAAAUCUUCAACUCUGGAGUCCAAGGAUCUAUUGUUACACCUAGAAAAAAACUUGCGCUUGACAAUUCCAGGAUAUACCAAGGAGGGACAGACUUUCCAAAAAGAACCUGUACUAAAGGAUGUGCAUAAUAAACGCCUGGAAUCGAUAAGGGCAUCAGUGGAGUCUCAACCAUUUGAAAAGGAUGCAAAUUGUGUCAGAAAUACAGGCAGACAGGUUUCAACUGAUACAUCUCUAAAUCGUCCAUUCAAACCUUCGCCAAGUUCAGAGCAGCUGGCUCUUUCUGCAGCUGCAUCUCAAAUGCUACAGAAAGUCCCUCGGUUUUAAGUGUUUUAUCUUUCUCCCGUUUCUUCAGCUUCCCUCUCGUGCUGAUAACUGCCUAAUUUUGACCGACUAAUCUAGUGCAAUGUGACCUUUACUAAGAACCCUGUCAACCUGAUGGCUCCCAAAAUUGAACUCUGCAUUCUGAAGGAAAUGUUAUAGAAGAGGAACGAAAGAAAAUUGAUGUUCUACAAGUGAACAGAAUCUACGAGAUAGAAUGGCAUUUGGUUCCUUGUGCUUGUAUUAUGGUAUUAUCUAUUGUAAUGUGCAUACUGAAAUAAGAAAUUUCCCAUCUCAUUGGUUUCUGUAGAUCCAUGUAAAUAUUGAUAAUUUACGCAAGGUCUUCCUUGGUCUUAUGAAGUUAUGACAGUAUUCCUGUAAUGCUGAUGUAAGGAGUAAGAAACAUGUAAUCUGUAUAAAUUUUUUUUUGGCCCAUUGAGCCUCAUAGGGGGUCAAAUUCAGCAAUAAGCUGUUGUAUGAUUC